CUAUAGCUAUGACCAAUGAGAAAAGAAGUUGUGGUCACGUGUCAUCACGGUACCCACCGUGUUCUCGCUGAACACGUUAUCGCGAGACUACGCUACUUCCUUUUCCCUUUUCCCUCUGAGUCCAAGAUGGGAGUUGACAUCAGACACAACAAGGACCGCAAGGUUCACAGGAAGGAGCCCAAGAGCCAGGACAUCUACCUGAGGCUCCUGGUCAAGUUGUACAGGUUUCUGGCUCGCCGUUCAGAUGCUCCCUUCAACAGGGUCAUUCUUAAGAGACUCUUCAUGAGCAAGAGCAACCGGCCCCCUCUGGCUCUGUCCCGCCUGAUCCGUAAAAUGAAGCUUCAGGGCCGUGAAAACAAGACGGCUGUUGUUGUGGGAACCAUCACUGAUGAUGUCAGGAUUCAGAACGUCCCCAAACUGAAGGUAUGUGCUUUGAGGGUGACAGCAGGAGCUCGUAGGAGGAUCCUGAAGGCUGGUGGCCAGGUCAUGACCUUUGAUCAGCUAGCUCUAGCUGCCCCCAAAGGACAGGGCACCGUGCUGCUGUCAGGACCCCGCAAGGCCAGGGAGGUGUAUAGGCACUUUGGAAAAGCCCCUGGAACUCCCCACAGCCACACCAAGCCCUACGUUCGUUCCAAAGGCAGGAAGUUUGAGCGUGCUCGUGGUCGUAGACCCGGCUGUGCCUACAAGAACUAAAGCUGUUUCUUUGUUUUGUAUUCAUCAUAAUGCAAAUAAAGAUGGGCUAUUCAACCCCA